GUCUUUCUGUGAGAGCCAUGCCCUAGAAAUAUGUAAAGAGCAGUGUGUUUGUCUUGCAAAUUCUGACCUUUUUACAUUGUUGUGGUAAAAUCUGAAGUGACAGAUCUUUAGUAUAAAAAUUGGCUUUAACGUUAAGCUGACAGGCUUUUUAAAAAUUAUGAUCAGAUUUAGAGCAGGUUUCUCAUUCCUCUCGCUCUCUCUCAAUCUCUCUCUAUCUCUGUCUCUCUCUUUCUUCACAACUAAAGUCUUGCAAACACACAGGAGCAGGGAGCCACACCUCCUGAUUCCAGAGAAAACUAAACAGAUCUCUGAGUCUCUCUCUCUCUCUCUCUCAGUGUGUGAGUUCAUGAAAAUGGCAGAAGCCAGUAUUUUAGUUGAUCAGGACCAGGUCAUUUGUCCAGUGUGUCAGGAUCUCCUGAAGGAUCCGGUGACUAUCCCCUGUGGUCACAGUUUCUGUAAGGUGUGUAUUAAUGGCUGCUGGGAUCAGGAGGAUCAGAAGGGGGUCUACAGCUGUCCUCAGUGCAGAGACACUUUCACUCCGAGGCCUGUUCUACACAGAAACAACAUGCUGGCUGAAGUGGUGGAGAAACUGAAGAAGACUAAAAUCCAAGCUGCUUCUCCUGCUCACUGUUACGCUGGACCUGGAGAUGUGGAGUGUGAUUUCUGCACCAGGAGAAAAUACAAAGCCAUCAAGUCCUGUCUGAUGUGUCUGGCUUCCUUUUGUGAAACUCAUCUGAAACCUCAUCUAGAAGUUUCUGCUUUGAAAAAACACACCUUAAUUGAAGCCUCAGCAAAACUCCAAGAGAAGAUCUGCUCUGAACAUAACAAGCUGAUUGAGAUCUACUGUCGUACUGACCAAACCUGCAUCUGUUAUUUGUGUACGAUGGAUAAUCACAAAGGACACGACACCAUCACAGUCACAGCAGAAAGAGCUGAGAAACAGAAUGAGUUAAAGGAGGAGCAGAUGAAAUCCCAGCAGAGAAUCCAGAAGAAGCAGAAGAAGGUGCAGGAGCUGAAACAGACUGUGAACACGAUUAAGUCCCGUGCUCAGACAGCAGUGGAGGACAGUGAGAUUAUCUUUACUGAGAUGAUCAGCUCCAUGGAGAAAAUGCGCUCGGAGGUGACGGAGCUGAUCAGAGCUCAGGAGAAGGCUGAACUGAGUCAAGCUAAACGACUCCUGGAGCAACUGGAGCAGGAGAUCACUGAUCUUCAGAGGAGAGUCACUGAGCUGGAGCAGCUUUCACACACACACGAUCACAUCCAAUUCCUCCAGGUAACACUCACUUUUCCUCCAUUAGACAGACCAGAGUUUCACACAUCCAGCAUCACUGUCCAUCAAAAUCUCUCAUUUGAUGGAGUGAGGAAUUCUCUCUCAGAUCUGAAGAAGAGACUCGAGGAAUUCUUUGAGGAGGAAUUCAACAAAAUCCCUCCACAUGUUCAGAUCAUUUCACCAUCAGAGCCACAGAGCAGAGAAGACUUUCUGACAUAUUUUUGGUAUCUGACUCUGGAUCCCAGCACGGCACAUCAUUACGUCAUUCUGUCUGAGAAGAACAGAGCGGUGACAGCCAGUGAGAGAGAACAGCAGUACUCUGAUCAUCCAGAGAGAUUUGACUCCUAUAAACAGGUGUUGUGUAAGGAGAGUCUGUGUGGACGCUGUUACUGGGAGGUGGAGUGGAGUGGUUUUGGUGUGUACAUCUCAGUCUCAUAUAAAGACAUCAGGAGGAAAGGAGAGGGUAGUGAAUGUGGGUUUGGAUGCAACAAUCAGUCCUGGAGUCUGUGGUGUUCUUCUUCUUCUUUCUGUUUCUAUCACAACGACAAUAAAACUGAUCUCGGAGUUCCAUCAUCCUCCAGAAUAGGAGUGUAUGUGGAUCACAGUGCAGGAAGUCUGUCCUUCUACAGCGUCUCUGACACGAUGAAGCUCCUCCACAGAGUCCACACCACAUUCACUCAGCCUCUAUAUGCUGGGUUUGGGCUCUACUGGCUGUUUGGUUCUACUGUGAGAUUGUGUGAUCCAAAAUUAAGUGUGUAGUGUUUUAUGUAAAAUUCCUGCACGUUGCCACAUUGUUGCUCAG